AUGUCAGAUGCCUUCAAGCACGCUCAAGAGAGGAGGUGCGAAAGUUGGCUCACAGACGAAGAUCUCUGUGACGCCAUGGCAGUAGUAGGCCCUGAAGGGCACCGUGUGCCAUUCCUUCGGACGCCGUUGGCCAGCCUCUCCCAGCCACUGAAGGCUGCAUUGUAUGGUGAAUUUCAGGAAGGCCAAACGUGUGAACUUACCUUGAAAGAUGUGGCUGUUGACGCCUUCGAUGUAAUGAUCCGGACCGCAUACAAUUUGGAGCCCAGGCUUACUCCUUUGAGAGCCCUACGCGCAUUUGUAGCUGCGAGAUUGUAUGUCAUAGACGAUCUGGGGGCAUAUUGCUUGCAUUACUUGCAAUCUUCCGAAGAUGUGGACGGCCCUGCAGCUUUGCAGAUACUCAACGAGUCCUUGCAACUGUCCACGAAUUUGCCAGAAGAGAUACAACAUAGAUGUUGGACCACAGUUUUGACAGAGAGCAUCAAGGUUGUGCAGUCGCCAUUGUUUCUUGAAACUCAUGGUUCCAUCAUAGCCAUUUUGAUCGAAUUGGAUGAAUUGUACAUCUAUGAAGAGACACUUUGGGAGCGCCUGGUGGAGUGGUCUGCAGCAGCUGUUCAGAAACCGGACGUGUUGGGUCCGUUUGAUGCAGCACCCGAAGAUGGAGUAGAUCAGCAGGUGGCGAUUUUGCGGUUGAUCUCCCCGCACAUCCGCUUCACACAAAUGAGCAAGGAUUUCUUCAUUGACCGGGUGAGAAAGUAUUUGAGUCGCGAAGAAAGUGAAGCUGUCACUGAUUACUUCCUCCUGGGUCACCAGGCAGAAGGAUUGUUGGUUAACCAGCGCGUUGGCCUGGAUCCAAUGAUCGAACCCAUGACCUGCUGGUGGUUUGACCUCCAUGAGACGGCCAAGACCAUGGUCUCCAGCACCAGGACACGUACCAGGACGACCAGGACUGUAACCUUUGAGAAACCCACAUGGGUCACCAAGGUGGAGCUGAUCUUCGGCAGUAGCUCGCAUGUGGCGGAUCCGAUAAUCAGUGGCGAAGAUAUCAAUGACAUUGACAAACUGACAUCAAGCUUUAGGCUGUUCUUAGCGCUGCUGACCUGCGGCGUCUACGAGUUGUGGUUCAGAUGUUGCGCCUGUGGGAGCCGCGUCUUUGAUGUGGACGCACGCAUGGGGGCGGGGGUGCUGUUCUUUGCCUUUGGUCCCGUGCUGCUGCAAACCGACAUCUUGCAGGUUGCGGGCCUGGUGGCGGCAGUCCUGGCUGUGGCUGUGGUGCUGGUGUUUUGGCAAUGGCUCUUCGAGCGGGCUUCAUUGCAGGUGGAUACGGGUUUGCGACAGUUUGAGGCCGCCGAGCUCAGCCACACACGUCUCAUCUGCUACCGCAAUCGGAGCCUUUGGGGCCUCGGGGGUGAGACCUUGGCGUGUCAGGUCUACUUGUUCUUCGGCUUCUACCCCAAAGAGCAGCAGCUGAACCGAACCCUGCCGCCGGGCAUGUUUGAUACCGGCAUUGUGCGGGCUGGCUUCAUCCCCAUCGGACAACCAUUGGACAGCAGUGGGGCAGGUUUGGACGCAUCCAAGCUGCAGGCCGCUGCAGGUCAAGGAAAUCCCACCACCACUCAGGGCUUCACAGCAGUGGCCUCGGCGAUUUUGAUCCUGUUGGCCUUCGCGGGAUUUCUGAACGAGGUCACAGAGUUUCUGGUACAGUGGGUGCAUUGUGUUGUGAACAAUUACAAGAAAGACAUCGGAGUCAUUUCGCAGUGUGUCGAACAAAGAUUUGACAGUUGGUGGACUGGUGGCGUCAACACGGGUCCACAGACGGUGAUCGCCCAUUGGAUCGAAGCGUUGGACUGGUCGCUGCAGCUGUUGCUCUUCAUCUGGGUCGUUGGGCCGACCGCCUUUUUCCUCUGGAAGACCUUGUCGGAUCAGAGCAGCGCGGGCUUGGGCUUCGUGGUGGACCGCCGCUUGGGCGCCUCCACGGAGGAUGAGAAGCGAGUGACAUUAGCCAUGUCGGAGGCUUUCAAGGAAGCACAGGACAGGUGGUGUGAAAAUUUGAUCUCAGACGCAGAUCUCUGUGAUGCUGUGGCAGUUGUUGGCCCGGAAUGUCAGCGUGUACCCUUCAUUCGAGCCCAUUUGGCCACCAUCUCCAAACCGUUGAAAGCUGCAUUGUAUGGUGACUGGUUGACAACACGUGAACUCGUUUUGAAAGAUGUGACCGUUGACGCCUUUGAUGUCAUCAUCCGCAGCGCAUACCAUUUGGAGCCGAACUUGACGCCUCAGAAGGCAUUACAUGCACUCAAAGCUGCCAAGUUGUGGAUGAUAGAUGAUCUGGAGAAAUAUUGCUGGCACUACUUGCAGCACUUGGUCCCAGGUUCGGACUGCACACUGAUAUUGCAGACUAUGACAGAAUCUCUGAAGCUUUCCUUGGAUUUGCCGGAGGAAGUCCAGCACACAUAUUGGAGUAACAUCUUGGCACAGAGCACCCAGGUGGUGCAGUCGCCCUUCUUUAUUGAAACGCAUGGUCUCAUCAUCGCCAGGUUGAUCAAAUUGGACGAAUUUGAUGUUGAUGAAGGGACACUUUGGGCGCGCUUGCUGGAGUGGUCCGCGGUGGCUAUCCAAAAGCCAGAGCUGCUGGGGCCAUUUGCAGAUGCAGCACCGUGCCAACCAGUGAAACGUGCCAAACCGCUCUCUGACGACUCUCGUGGCAUGGGACCCAGUGAACUGGCACAACAAGGAGCAAUUUUGCGUCUGAUGUCAAAGCACAUACGCUUCGCAGAGAUGAGUCAGCCCUUCUUUGUUGACAGAGCGAGAAAUUAUUUGGAUCGCGAGGAGAGUGAUGCUGUGAUGGAUUAUUUCUUGUUGGGUCGCAAACCAGAAGGAUUGAUAGCUGCACGGCGUGGUGGACUGAAAGAUACAUUUGACUCGCUUGAGAGCUUAGAGAAUUUUGAGAGAAAGUAUAAGAAAAAAGCUUCUCUCGUGUCGGAGACCCUGACAUUUGAGUAUCCUGUAUGGGUCUCCCAAGUGGAAAUUUCGUUGACCGACAGACACUCCGGAGAGCAGCCGCUGUGUUGGUCCGCCACAGGGGGAACCGAAUCUGUUGCCGCUACACUGACUAGAGGUGCAUCAAAAAGCACAGUCAAUAUCAGGUUCGUGAGGCCCUAUCAAUCCUUGUUCAUCUCAUUUCCUUUGAUCGUAGCAAAUCCAGGGAUGCCAAGGCCCAAAGUGAAAAGUAUCACUGUGCACGGGAAGAAGGCCAGGACUCCCAUAGAACUUGCCAACCGGGCGGUGGAGCAACUGUCCAAGGAUCUCUUUGUGACGCCUGCGCUGAGCAGCCGUGGAUGA